AAACGUUAGUCGAGUGGAGCGGUUCAUUAAAAGAACAAAAAACCAAAUACCAAUAACGAAAAUAAAAGAUAAAAUCUAAACCGGAAGAAAUAUGCAAAACAAUAUAUUGACCACGCUGUUGGCAACGGCACUAUUUGCCUGUGGCCUGAACCUGGCUAGCAGUUUGAAUUGCUAUCAAUGUAAUAGCUCAGCGGAUCCGAAUUGCAUUACAAAUCUAACUGCGGUGACUACAGUGACUUGUGACAAGAGCUGUGUAACCUAUCAAGCCACCAAUCUGACUCUUAUACGUGAUUGCUUGGAUGAUUGUCCAGCCGGUGUAACUUGUCAACAAUGCAAAACAGACAAUUGUAAUACCAAUCUGGUUUGUCAAAAUUGCCAGGGCCAAGAGGAUUGUUCAGUGCCUUCAAAACUUACCGAUAGUCUGGCCAUCUGCAGUGAGGGAGAUGUUUGCAUUACUCAAUUGAAUGACAAUUCAACAAUAUCCCGAAGCUGUGGCACUGCAGCUUCCUGCACGGAUAGUACAAAAUGUGCAACAUGUGAUGUGGCUAAAUGCAAUGUUCAACUAUUUCCAGCAGAUCGCCUACAAUGCUACACAUGCUCGGGUGACUCAUGCGAUGCGGUUAAUAAUAGUACCCUAACACCAUGUGGCCUGAACAAUGCCCAAUGCUAUACACUUGGCUCCAGUGCAGCAGACAUGCAACGUGGUUGCACAUCAGAUUCAGGGACCAAAUGUACUGCCGAAUCAACUGAUGCCAAUUGUCUUCUGUGUAAUAAUGAGACUGGAUGCAACAAUUUAACCUAUAACCGUAAUGGUGGCACUUGUGUGCAAUGCGACAAUUGUUCCGCAGCACAAGAGGCGACCGCUGCUGCAGCUUGCCCAGAAUCCAAUUAUACCCAAAGCGUUGGCUGUUACACCCAGACCAAGGACAAUGUUGUCAGCCGUGGUUGCCUAAAUGCCCUGGCAUACAAUGUUGCCUGCACAAAUGAAACUGAUUGCUCUAGCUGCGAUACGGCCAAUUGUAAUAUAGAAUUGGUCGAGGUAGAUACGACAUUCAAAUGCCAACGUUGUUAUACUUACAAUUAUGAUACAUGCACGGAAGGUAAAUCCGAAGCACUGGCAUGUGAUAAUACAACUGAGACCAAAUGCUUUGCUGGAAAGUGGGGUGAUCUGGUUGUGCGUGAUUGUUUGGAUGAGGCAAGUGAGUUGAUGCAAUACCAAUGUGUCAAUGAAGUGGCCGAUUGCAAAGUCUGUGACGAAAGUGGUUGCAAUCUCUGGGCCUAUAGUGCCGCAGGCCUAAUUCAAAUGAGUCUUGGCCUAAUAAUGGGUCUGCUUAUUAUUCACUUCGUUUAGAGUUCAUUCGUUCUAUUAUCUAAGUAUGUAUGUGUUUUGUCUUAUCAUUUGGUGUACCUAUGACUCAUGUUUUUUUAGCUAAUAUAUAAAGCGUAAUGUUACCUCUUUUUUACAAAAUAUUUCAUUUAAAAUAAAUACAAUAAUUUUGGUAAAAA